AAUUUUAAAAUAUGGCCGACAGAGGGGAAACGUCUACUCUGAAACACCGAAAAAUAGAAAAAGAAGCUGAUGAAGGGACUCAGUACACAGAGAUCCGACCGAGGGAGACGGAUCAAAGCAGCAGCACAAAGCCAUUAGUUAUACUGGGUCUAGUGUUUGUGUCCUCCAUUGUGUGUUUGGGACUUGUUUACCUCAGCUUUCCAAAUCUAGAACAAGAUGAAAAGCAACACAUAAAGCUUCCCAGGAACAUAGAAGAUGCAAAGAAUUUAGGAAAAGUUUUAUCCCGAUAUAAGGACUCCCAUUAUAACCAAGUGUUGGGAGGCUACUUCAUAACAUAUAUAUUCUUACAAUCCUUUGCUAUACCUGGGUCAAUAUUCCUCAGUAUUCUCUCUGGAUUUCUAUUUCCGUUCCAGUUAGCUCUCUUUCUUGUUUGCUUGUGCUCAGGAAUUGGUGCUUCUUUCUGUUAUUUGAUGUCGUAUCUAGUAGGACGAAGACUCGUGGCUAAAUAUAUCCCAGAUAGAAUAGCAGAGUGGCAGUCACAUGUAAAUAAACACAGAGAUCACCUGUUGAACUACAUUAUAUUUCUGCGGAUCACACCAUUCCUUCCUAACUGGUUUAUUAACAUAGCCUCACCAGUGAUAAAUGUACCUAUUCUACCAUUCUUUGUGGGAACUUUUCUUGGAGUUGCUCCCCCUUCUUUUGUGGCCAUUCAAGCGGGAACAACUUUACAUCAGCUGACCUCCUCAGGGGAUGCAGUGUCCUGGACUUCUGUGUGUGUUCUGGGGUUGUUUGCUCUUCUGUCAUUGGUGCCAGUUCUUCUGAAGAAAAAACUGCAGGAAAAAUUUGAUUGAUGAUAGUAGAACCUUAGAUCUCUUAUUGUUUAUCUCAAUGUAGAAUUAAAUUGUUUAUUUUAUUCUUAUUUAUUGGAGUAAAUACAUGUAUCUUCUAGGGAUGUCAAUUUCACUAGCCUAGUUGCAUAAUCAGGGGCUUUAGUUGAACGACAGUCAACUACUCAUUAAAUUUAGUUUUUCUUAUGUCAGUUUAUCUUUGUGUCUUUCAGACUGCUUGUACACUCAACAUUUAAACCAAGCUACCAUCACAUACAACAUAUUUCUCAAUACAAGUAUUUGCUUACUUUGCAGUGGGCUUACUAGAAAUACCUGUACUACUUGUAUCUAAAUUCAAGUUAUUUUUUUACCAUAUAUUUUAUCCAAAUACACUUUAGUAAAUACUAUGCAUAUGGCUCGUCAUCAUUUUCUCUAAACACUAAUACAGGUGAUUGAUCUGUACAUCUUAAGCCAUUGAAACAUUUCUAUUUACAGCUAAAUUUUUGACCUGCGACUGGAAAACAGUCUGAUUGUAUUUAUGAAAACAUCAAAAACUAGUGAUGAGUCCUAAUUAUGCAAACUAUAUCCAUCAAGAAAUAAAUUCAUAAUAGACAUCAAAAGAAAUAUCAACGUAUGCACACAUCCGUAUCCCCUAUUACAGGUAUGCUAAAGUAUGUAAUCAUUUCUAUUCCAAAAAAAAAUAACUUGAUUCACAACAUAGAGGAGGGUCUAGGCUUUGACACCAACAGAGCGGAUCAGAAUGAAAUCUCUUAAUUUAUUAACUUGUAUUUAGACUUAUUAUUAAAAAGCAAAUUUCUAACAAAUAACUGAGUAAUAAUAUUUAGUUGAUAGUCGGCAUGACCGAGUGAUAAUAAAGUACCCUGUGACAUCCUUAGUGCAUGUAUAUUCCUAUCAUACUUUUUUUUUUUUUUACUGAAUUUCGGGUCAUACAUCUUUGAAUGUGUUCAGCUAAGUGUUUUAUUAUUUUAAUUCUUUUAAAGAUUUAACACAUAUGUUACUUGCAACUGAUAUAAAUUGUAGCUCAUUUGUAAAUAUGAAUUGGGUCAUUAAGAGUAAGGUAUGGUGGUUUUAAUCAAUAUGUUUGAAAUUUUAGCAGUUUUAUUUUAAAUUAUCUUUGAGAAUGCUAGAUUUCUAUUAUGCAUGUUUUUUUCUGUAAUGCAUGGUUUAAGUGUAAUCGAUUGUGUUUCUCUCAAAUAGUAAACAUAGUGUUAAAAAACUUCAAGGGAAACCAGAAAUCAAAGUAUGUCUACAAUAACCUAUCUGUAUUUAAUAUUUAAGGGAAAAAUACGACUUGAUUGUAAGCGAAUAUUCAGUGCAACUUUCAUCACUAAAUUCAAGAAAAGAUUUUAUCAGGCAUUAAGCAGACAUAUAUUCAAAUCUUGUCCUAAGAUACCUUUUUUUUAAAGUAAUUAAAUUUUUUUUUAUCAAAGUGAACAAAGAACACUUUGAACAAUUGAAUUAAUAUUGAAAAGAAGCUUGAAAUAAAUUAUAAAUCUUUGCAAAUUUACAGUGUAAAUACUGGUAUUACUCUGAAUAGAAUUUAAAAAAAAGUUUUGAUAAAAAUUUGGAAACUACAUAUAGGUGGGUAUUUGCAUAUCAAAGUUGUCUCUCAGUAUCACAUUUUUAAAAAAAUUUUUGUACAUGUAUUUGAAAUAUAAUGCAUAUUCUAGAGUCAUUGUAUGCCUAUUUAUCAAAUGUACAUUGCACUGUUUCUGUUUUUUUUUUUGUUUAAACAUAGCUGAAGUAGAAAAAUCUGAUAUGUGUAUCUUGUAUUGUCAAGUGAUUUUGCUUACCAUGGCCAAGGCUCAUGUGUGUUUUUCUGGUCAAAUAUUCUAAAACAUUUGUCUGUCUCUGGCGAUUGUCUUCCUUAUUCUUGCUUUUUCUCCAGAACAUCUAUGCCAAUUCAAACAUCACAUAUAAUGAAGCAUUACUGAAUAAGAAGAAUCUACUUUUACAAAUCAAGAGCUGUGUCCACUUUUAAAGGGUGAUAAUUGUUUUGAACAGUGAAAAUGGGGUGGUCAUUUAGAAAUUAAUCCGAUAAAAACCGAUAAAUCAAACAUUACUCAAAAGCUUCCUAACAUAUAAUGUUCAAUUUUAUAAUCAUUGCCCCUAGACUAGGGCAGGAGCAUAAUAAGGAAAAUUGUAGGAAAUCUACACUAUUUUUGUUGCCAAGGUGAGCAGGACUACAGGUGGUUAAAUUUAUAUGCAAGCAUUCCUCUCUCUCUCUCUCUCUAAAUAUAUAUUUCAAAACACGCUUAUAGCAAAGUGCCAGGGACGGACAAUUUUUUUUUGGUAUUUCUGUUAAGUUCAUGAUAUAAUUUAAAGCCACAGAGAAUUAAAAUCACUUCACUGUAAGUGUCAGAACAAUAUUAUAGUGUAUGCUUUAAGCGCAUUUUACCGUAUAUAAUAUGUGAAGUCAGCUUGGACCACAAUAGGGUUUUUUA